UUCUGGUUUUCUUAUUAGUUUGGCUUUUGGAGUCGUUCAGCGGGUGGUGGUUGCGAGUGAUCUUUCAUGUUUUUCAUGUUUUCUGUAGACUUUUGCUUUUCUGCAUUAUUCCGUCGAACUUGGGUUUUCACUCCGGCGAAUCAUCCGUGAACUCGUACUAUUACGUUGGUCUCGUUGGAAGGAUGUGCGUGUGAAAAAGGAUGUGAAAAGUGAAUGAAUCCAUGGCUGUCAGAGAGUGGCCGCCUGAAGUUUCUCCACUGUAAAAGUGUGAGUCGUGUAUUCCAUGUUCAGUUUCCCAAACGAUAAUAGAAAAAUUGUUUUCGUUCGAAUAAAGUCAAAACCCUAGUGUCCCCCAUUCAAAUUGCUAGUGACACUGCUCAGUCGGGGCUUUCCAGCUUCAAGAGGACUCGAAUCCAAUCCCGUCAUCAGUAAUUGUCAGUCAAAAAAUUGCUGCCCGGAUGCGAACCAGCAAUCGAAAAUGAUAUCAUUUCCAAAACAGAUAUAUCUCUGAUGCCUCUUCAAUUCAAUUGGAUAUGUAGCGGAGAAUGCUAGAUUGAAAUAUCUAAGAUGGAGUAUUAUGGCGGUGAAGGAGAUCGUAACUUGCCCCCAUUGCAAAACAGUACUUCCGGUGCACAUUUACGUCCAACAUCAUUAGUCGGACCGGAAAAGGAACCUGUACACUUCACAGUAAAUCUAGUCGGAGCUCCACCUGAAGUUGAACAACUUGUUGAACAUAUCAAAAAUGUUGCUGAACAGUUUUUAUAUCACUGGAAAACAUUUCCAAUUGCUCUCCCAUCACCAUUAGCAUCAAAUACAACGAAUAAUCGCAAGUCACGCCCUAUUAACUUACGGGAUUUAUUUGUUGCACCGCCUUUUGACGAAUUGGAUGCUGUUGCUGCUGAUGGAAAUGGGGAACCACGACGUCUCACAAAUAACCAACUGAAAUCGCUUAGAGAAAGGGGCUUGCAAAAGGAUAAGUAUGGGAAACCGAAGAAGUUGACUUUGGAUCAAUUGGAAAGUAUUCGACGAAAUGGGGAAUUUGAUGUUCCUAGUCUUAACUUUCCGGGUCAAGUUCAUAAAUGGAGGCUCUCACAAUUUCUUCAGAAAGGAAGGUUUCGAGCCCAAGACUCGUUCUUGAGCGACUUAGCCUUAGCUGCAAGAUUCAUCGUUGUCACUGCACGCGCCAGAAUAUUAUCACAUUUCUUCUCAGUUGCGAGCGCGUUGAGAUCGUUCGUGAUUGGGCUAGCAAAACUGCUUGAUAUGUUCAUAGGGAUACCUUCGCUUCUGGCACACAAUUUAGAUUAUAAAAUAAAAGAGGAGCGUUGUCGUUACUUGGUCGCAGAACUUGUUUGUAGGCCCGAAUAUGAAGACUGUUUAGAUGCACUAUGCACAUAUGUUCGGAAACAACUAAGGCGAGCAGCAAUGGAAAAAUUCGAUGUAGAAUGUGAAACGGCUCAGCCGGUUCCUUACUUAUUCCUAACACCUAAAGGACAAGAAAUCGAUUUGCGCCUGUUCAAUCGUGAUAUAAUGCGCAAAGCCUUACCUAUUUUAAUAGGCAUACUAGAGCGAGAGACAAGAGGAUGGUUCCUCCAUUUUCGUGAGCGCCUUAUAGCCGAAUUGCGAGAAAAGAAACUUACGGAUAAGGAAAUAGAGGAGGAAGUUAACGAGGCUGUAAUGCGGGAGUAUUUACAACGUGUUUAUUCAUCAAUAUUGUCGAAUUCUGAUUUAGCGGAGUUAGGCGAUGGAAUACCUCAACUUCUUGUGCAGCAAGCACAAUCGGUAGUAAUAAUGCACAAAGCAGUAGAAAAAAUCGAAAAGGAAUUGAAAAGAUCUCGGGAGGAUCAUCAGAAAUGUUUAGCGAAUGAUCAUUCGGUCUUGUCGAGAAUCGCGCCAUGGUUACGUUCUAAACUACGGACUGCUGAGGCUUCCAAAAUGAAUACAUCUACUUGGGCUGCACACGAAGAAGCUAUUUUGAUGUGUAAUCGCCAUAAUUUGCAGCAGACAGCGUAUUUCUUGAAUAGAGAUAUGAUAUUCAUGAAAGAGCGGGAACCAGUUCUAAAGAAAGAACUAUGCAAUGCGAAAACACCGACGAGAAGUUUCCAAUGGGCAUGUCGAAUAUGGUCACCAAAAUCGUGGAUCAUACGUCGUAAUUUCCAAGGCCAAUCGGAAGUAAUACCCACUGUAAUUUGUCAACAAGUAACAUCAAUAGUAACGCCACGAUCAGAUCCAAGUCAGCCAGUAUUCUUAGUUGAAAAAGAAACCGUGCGUGCAACGAGUACACGCUGGCCGUUUUGGCGGUUACUGAACCUAAUGCAGAGAACAUGGUGUUGGAUGUGGAAUAUGAUGUUUCUUCUGGGAAUUUUGGUUCCGUGGUGUAGUCCGAUCGGUUUGCGAGCUCUUUGCUGUGUUAAGCCCUUUAUGCCUGAUUUGGAGUUAUCACAAGUGAAUGGGACAUUAUUUCCCCGAAAAACUAGUAUAACACAAACGAUGGCAUCGCGGUUAAUAGAAUUAUGGCGACACAUUUCAAAAUCGCGUACACAUUUUGAGUCAGAACCAGACACAGGCUUCAUUGGUAAAGGUUUUACAAGAAAUAUGAAUCGGGUGUGGAAUUAUUUCAUCAAAGGCUUCCUUGGAACAGUAGUUAUUUUAUUCAUAUUCCCUAUAGUCUGUCUUACUGCCAGUUUCUCCAGUAUAAUGUUAGCAUUAGCCGCCCCCAUAUGGGUACCUGCCUUCACUAUUUUACUUCAUGUGUAUAUUAUGCUUGUAUAUGAUUUGGAUUGUCCGGAUCCAUCACGUAAUCGAUACUGUGUGUUCUUUGAAGCCUUAAUAUGGAAUAUAUUAGUGCAAGGAUGUUUACAGCCGUUUGCUGCAGUCAUUGUAGCGACAUUUAUUUGCCCGACAGCAUCAGUUGUUGUACUUUUAGUUGGAGCUGCAAGAUAUUCGCUGCGAUUAUUAUGGGACUCUCUUACCUUCCAUCUUUUUAUAAAAAAAUGUGGUCGGGUUCCGGCAAGUGACAGUUUUGCUGUUAAACGUAUAGCCGGACCGGGUCUAGCUCUUGAUUAUUAUUUUGUUAUAAAACCCGAGCAAGCACUGGCUGCUUUUGAGGCUAAAAUGGAAUUGGAUGAACUACAAGCUUACCAACAUUCCAUGGAGCGUGUUAUAUUGCAACCGCAAAAAGAUUUUAGUCAAUUUGUAGAAGCAUGUUUUGGGCCAUUUUCCGCUCAACUCUCUAAAACUGGACCAUAUCAAGCACUUGAUCGUGAAGCUCAAGAUUUAAUGAUUUCUUUGCAUGAGAAGUUAGAGAAGCGCCGGCGAGAUUUGCAGACCGGAUUAACGACCGCUGUGAAAUCCAGAGUUAAAUUAAAUACGAUCGAUUUAAAGAUUGCAAUCCAGUUGGCUGCUCAUAUGCUAGAGAAAUUUUACCCUACACAUGUCUUAGGAAGACUAUCGUUGAGUGAAGAUGAAUUUUGGGACAAUAAGGGGUUAUCAGUUGGCGAUUGGCCAGGCCUCGCAGCUCUGAUUUAUACAGAAAUAUUUAGUUUAGAUUUUCUCACACCGCUAAGUGAUACGGAUACACAUUUCAAGCUUGAACCACAUUCCCAACUUGAUUUAAUACGUUACACUGAAAUGGUACAAAACGCCACCGAUGUUAUAGGUUCAAAUGGACCCGAUUUGUUGGGCAAUGUGUAUGCUCCACGAGGAAAUGUACAAGUUCAUUUACCAUUUUUGGAGGUUUCAGCAUUCAAUCCAAGAUCUAGAAUUACCAUGAACUUCCGGAAACCGGAGAAGAGAGAUACAACGACUGGACUAACCACACCUCGCGUGCGGGCACACCGAACGCAACAAACAACUGACACGAGUAGAUCAUGGAGACCAUGGAAGCGAAAAACUCAUCAUCGAAGUGUUGCUGAGAAAUUAUUGAUCCCUUUGCCGAUUCCUCAUCCCGUACAUAUCGCAAUAUCCAUACACAAUCGCGACUCUGAGCAACCGAUUUCGCUUGAUUCGGAAUUGUGCUGGGAAAUAUUACGAGCUGUAGAAGAUUGUCAGGGAGAUAUACAGGUAAAGCGUUAUGCGGUAAAUUCAGUUGCUCGGUACCGGGGAGGAGCUGGAGAUUCAAGUAUAGACUCUCUUGAUUCGGAUAGUAGUGCCGGCACUAGAGAAUCGGUCGCAGCAGCUGGUGGAACUGAAACUUUGCCAUGCGGGAACAGAGAGGUUAGUACAACAAUUAAGAUGGAACAAGAACAACCUCAAUCUAAUGGCUUCCACUGGACUCUGAGCAAUUGGGGUGCAGUUCAGUCGGCACGUCGUCGUAACAACUCGAGUAUUGUUCGUGUAGAUUUGGCCAGUCCUGAAGAUAUAUCUCUAGAUACCGAUAGUUCGCGUGUAGUUUUCAGUGCAUACGGCACUACGGUUUAAUUUAUGCAAGCGUUUCAAAACUUACAAAAAUUGAAUAUAACAAUUGCAAUACAUCUGAUGAUCAGCGUGUUGAUAUUCAAUUAUGGAAUUCUUUUAAUAUUAAGUUUUUUCUACUUUGAUAGGAUGAUAUAGAAUUUUUGCGCAAUAGAGCAAAUAAAAUACAUCUAAUCUAGUCAAGAUUAUUAUAAAUAUAAUAGCAUAAAUUACGUCAUAUUAGAAAUUAAUAAUAAUAUGAAACAAUAGUGAAAUUAAGACUAAAGUUGAUAUGAUAUAAAUGCAAAUUAUGACAAACCCAUUUUCGCUACAAUUAAAGGAGAACUAACUAGAUAACGAUGAACAAAAAAUACGAAACCGAAUACACCAAAUACUAUUAACUGUGUUAUUAUUAGCAAGAAACGAUGUGAGUUUGAACAAAGUAAGUUGAUUUGACUAGAAUGAAAAACACAAGUUGCUCUCUACUUCAUUAAUGAGUUCAACCAUUACAAAUUAGUUGCUUACUGCCUCUCUUACAUUUUCACCGAUUAAGUACAUUCUGUAUAUCUAGAUUGAGAAUAUUAAUGUUUAACAAUGAAGAUCUAUGCCUGUACAUUUUUCGACAGCGUUUUAUUAAAAUGGAUUUUAUAGAAUAAAGUUAAUGUGUAAUAUGUUACGUCAAAUAGUUUUAUGAGGAUGGCUUCAAAAUUAAAAAAAUAAAGGUCAUCUAUGUAUCAUGGCUACCCAGCGAGACCUAAAAUAUAUGACCCUAUAGAUAAAAUUGA